AAUUUAUGGAGUCGAUUAUUACAUGGAUACCACAGAGGAUAUGAUGAUCUCUAUUGUUGAAAAUAUUCUUUAGAUAAUUAACUUACAAAACAUGAGUCGAAAUUAAUUGGAACGGAAUUUCUGUAGUAAGACGGGAAAAGAUCUAUUUUGUUGCUGUGGCUUAGUUCAGUUGUGCUUUGGCAGACUCCAGCCAUUCAGAGCUGGAGGUGUAAUAAUACAAGUAGCAAUUUCCACCCAGCUGUAUUGUGUACCCUUAUUUUAAAUAGCAUGGCAGUUGCGUAUUUGAUGGCAUAGUGGUAACGUUGCCUUUGUUCAACAUGACACAUUUUCUGUGUCAUCCCCAACAACUCGCAACUCAUUUGAUAAACAUCAACUUCCACUCUGCUUCACAUAGACCUCAGUGUAUAUAAAUACCAGAAUAUUUGGCCUUAAAGAUAUAUCAUCAAUAUAUCAAUAUAUAUUUCCAUUUACUGACAAAGGAAGAUUUUAUACAGAAGAGCUACAACUCUGUUUCUAUAAAUUUAUCAUGGAGUUACUGAAAGUUAGUUCUUUAGAGUGAGACAUUUCUUAUCAUUGCCUCCAAGGUGUAUGAGACGAUUUUAUAUUCCAACUAAAUUUGGAGAGAUUUUCCAAUGAGUUUGCUACCAUUUUGUGAUACCAACAGGGACAACAGUUGAUGGAAAUAUUGCUGUAGAAGUGCUUUCAUCAGUUCUGUAAUAAUUUAUAGAAUGAUGAAUUUUUCUGAAGAAUUGCCAAAGGAGGAGAGGAAAUCAUCAUAUCACUGUGAUAUCUGUGAAAAGACAUUUUCUCUAAGAAGUAGCCUCACAAAUCAUAAACGUAUUCACACAGGAGAGAAACCAUACAACUGUGAUAUCUGUGGUAAAUCAUUCACCAUAAGAAGAAACUUCACUGAACAUAGAUAUGUACAUACAGGAGAGAAACCACAUAACUGCGAUGUCUGUGGUAAAUCAUUCUCUCAAAUGCAUACCUUAACUACUCACAAACGCAUUCAUACCGGAGAAAAACCAUAUGAAUGUGAUAUCUGUGCUAAAUCAUUCUCUGUAAGAAGUAACUUAGCCAAACAUAUACGUACUCAUACAGGUGAAAAACCAUAUCACUGUGAUAUCUGUGGUAAAUCUUUUUCUGAAAGCGAUAGCCUAACUAGCCACAUUCGUAUUCAUACAGGUGAGAAGCCAUAUCAGUGUGAUAUCUGUGGUAAAUCAUUCUCUGAAAGAUGUAACUUAGCCACACACAAACACAUUCAUACAGGAGAGAAGUCAUAUCACUGUGAUAUCUGUGGUAAAUCAUUCUUUCAAAAAGUUCACUUAAAUACUCACAGGCGUAUUCAUACAGGAGAGAAACCAUAUCAGUGCAAUAUCUGUGGGAAAUCAUAUGCUGAAGGAAAUAGCUUAAACAAACACAAGCUUGUUCACACAGGAGAGAAACCAUAUCAGUGUGAUAUCUGUGGUAAAUCAUUCAGUUAUAGAAGCUCGCUAAUUGUUCACAAACAUAUCCAUACAGGAAAGAAGCCAUAUAACUGUGAUGCUUGUGGUAAAUCGUUCAGGGAGGCAAGCCAGUUAGCAAUACACAAAACCUGCAUUCAUACAAGAGAGAAACCUUAUCAUUGUGAUAUCUGUGGCAAAUCGUUCUCUAGUGGGAGUUCAUUAAUUGCUCACAAACGUAUUCAUACGGGGGAAAAACCAUAUCAGUGUGACAUCUGUGGUAAAUCAUUCUCUGAAACAUAUAAUUUAACUAAACACAAAUCCACACAUACGGGAGAAAAGCCAUAUCACUGUGAUAUUUGUGGUAAAUCCUUCUCUCAAACAGCUCAUCUAAGUGUUCACAACCGUGUUCACACAGGCGAGAAACCAUAUCACUGUGAUAUCUGUGGCAAAUCAUUCUCUCAAACAAGUCAUUUAACUAUUCACAGACGUAUUCAUACAGGGGAAAAACCCUAUCAGUGUGAUAUUUGUGGUAAAUCUUUCUUCCAAAAUAGUGAUGUAACUAAGCACAAACGCAUUCAUACGGGAGAAAAACCAUAUGGCUGUGAUAUCUGUGGUAAAUCAUUCUCUGGAAGUAGUGCUUUAACUACUCACAAAAACGUCCAUAUAGGAGAAAAACCAUAUUGGUGUGAUAUCUGUGGUAAAGCGUUUUUUCAAAAUAGUGAUUUGACUAAACAUAGAUAUAUUCAUUCUGAGAAUCGGUUUUCUUCUGACUCAACCACAGAUUACAGGCAUUAACCUUUGACAUGCACUAUUUAUAAUCUCAUAUUUCUGUAAAUGUUUGCUUGAGAAAAGUUUUUAAUGAAGGUGGUUGAAUGAAAUAUCACUUUCUGUCAUAUUCUGUAACAUGUGACUCAUCUGCUUAGAAACAUACACUGUGUGAGGUGGGUAGCAAAUGAACAGAGACAUCAGCACUUUAAAAUCUUGUCAGCAACAUAACAAACUCUCUUUUGCUGGCUCCACAAUAAAAGACAUUAAGUUCACUGUCAAAGAGUCUGUGAUAUGCAGGGCAGCCAUCUAUAAAGACUGUGCUCCUAGGAGCCUAAUUUUUAUUUUUCAUUUAUGGUUCAAAUAAUUAUUGAUUGGUUUAUAUAUUUCAUUUUGAGUUUUGCUCAUUCACUAAAAAUAUACCUAUUCCAACACAAAUAGAGCUAACACAUUUAACCCCAGGUUUGCUUUGAUUGAGAUCAAAGUAUCAUGAAUAACAUUUCAACUGAAAUUUUUAAAAAACUUCAAAUCAGAAUUAAUAAAAUUUAUGAUAUUUUAUUCCAACUUAAUACAACUCAAAGGAAAUACUAUUUAUAAAUUAUGAGAAUCUAUAUUAUAAUAAAAAAAAAGCUGUUUUUUAAUUGGUUUGGAGUAUGUAACUGUUACAAAAAAAAUGCAAUUAAAGUCUACAAUAUCUAGCAAAUUGUUAUAAAUUG